AUGUCGGCCUCAUUCACUGAUCUGAAUCUGAACCACUGGUUUGUGAAGACAACUGAAUCCGGUUCCACCGUCUACGUCUGUAAAGUCUGUAUCAACUACAAAUCAGAACACCUUCGCCAUUGCAUUUCCCAUGAACGCACGCAGACUCACCAAGAGUCUGUACGACACGCCGAACUCGACCACACCGAAGGACAAAUCGACCUCACGAGCGCGCCAGUCCCCGUCGGUGCCGGUCAGAUUGUUCAGGAUGACAGCCUGCGCCAUUUGAUAUCUGCGAUGUACAGCAACGUUCCCAGCAACCCACCCCUUCCUCCCUACCCUCCUAACCACCCUUCGCUUGCGGACAAUACAGGGUAUGACCAACAUAAUGGCCAUUGGAACACCUCUGCAUCGCCCGCUACAGGCAUUCCGUGGGGAGUUGGUGGCGAGGACUUCCAGGUGGAAGCAGAGAACGAUCAGGACCUCCUCACCAAUGUCCUUGAUACGGUGAGAGAGAUCCUCGACUACGAAUUGAGUGACAGCGAGCCAGUGGAAUGGAGUGAAUCGGAGGAUGACACGGACACUGGAAGCGAAGCCUCAGAUGGAUAUCUAUCGGGCUUUGAGGAAAGGGAUGAGGAUGAGGACGUACCACGAAAACGAGCACGCGGUCACCAAAACGACCCUCAGACCGCAAGGCUAUGGUUCCCAUGGGAAGAUCGCCUUACCUGUACAUUAGAUCUAUUAAUGCAUCUCCCGCGCUCGGUUUUCUCCCAACGACAACUUGAGCUCUUUUUGUGGUUGCUUCAAGUGAAUGGAGUUGACUAUGUGCCAUCCAUGAAAACAAUGAAGAGCCUCAACAAGACUCUCCAGAAACUGUGUGGAAUUGACAAGGUCGAGUACGAAGGCAUUCUGGGAAAUCGCUACUUCGUCAACAAUCUGUCGCAAAUCCUGGCUCAGGAGAUGGCAAACCCGUUGGUGCGACGGCACCUGGAAUUCUAUCCCGAAGAUGGAGGGAAAUAUGUAUCUCAGGCGUACCACGGAAUACGCUGGCUUGAAGAGAUGUCCCACCGCGACCUGACACCAAUGAUCCGUCGAGGCCAAACCGACUACUUUAUCCACGAACCCGCCAUGUUGGUAGACCAGUCAUUAUGUAUUCCGUUUCGCUGGUUCAGGCGAGGGCGUAAGUUGUGGGCAAAGGCCUGGACCAUGGAAGUCUAUACCGAAACCGAUGCCGAUGGGUUUCCACAUCGUUAUUGGAGGGUUCGGGAGGACCAAGUCAUAGAGGUCAUGGAGGAUAUCUUGUGGAAGAACUUCCCAACGUUACAAGCCGAAUUUCGGCAAUUAGGUAUUCCAAAGCCUUCCCUACUACAUCACAUCUAUCGUGUUCGAGAGGAUGGAACACCUGAGACAGUCAGUUGGGAUUACACGACAGCUACUCAAGGCAAUCCAUGGCGAGUGCGAGCCCAAGGACGUCGGGUUAUGGCCCUACCUCUGUGGAUGUAUUGCGACGAUACAUCGGGUAACGUCUCGAAGCGGUGGAACGAACAUAACAGCUUCCUUUUCACGUUGGCGGGACUUCCUAUGGACCAAGUAACGAAAGAAUUCAACAUUCACUUUUUGUGCACUUCAAAUAUUGCACCUCCUCUCGAAAUGCUGGACGGCGUCGUAUCGCAGAUCGAAAUGGCUCGAAAGAACGGUGUCUGGGCAUGGGACUGCGUUCACAAUGAGCUCGUGCUAGUGUUUCCGGCUGUCCUCGCUCUAUUGGGUGACAAUCCCAUGCAGAGCGAGCUUGCGUCUCACAUCGGAAUGGGCGGCAAGUAUUUCUGUCGUGUGUGCUGGGCCUACGGGGCCGACCCAAAGCCACAAUCCAAGGGCACGAGUAACGCCAAUGGGUCAAUUCCACACUCAGCACCAGCAUCUCCGGUUCCCGGUGCUUCACCCCUCCCCUCCUUUGCUACUGUCCCUCAACCCCCGCCGCCUGCAAAUUGGAGCGAGUCGAUGAGCUCGAUGGUUGAACGCAUCAGACGCUUCAUAAAGGGGGCAAAACCUCGAGCCCGGCAUGAAACAGAAUCAAAACUAAAGUCGUAUCUGGAAUGGGCACAACAAAUCGGGAACCUGACAGACAUCAGGGAGGAGAAGACGGCGACCGGGGUGAAGGAUACGAUCCUAGACCACUUCCUCGACAAAUUGCACAGGGCUUAUAAAUCUGUCUCUGGAAGCAUCGCCCGCCAGGAAGCGCUCGACGCUGCGAUUCCGGAAUUACCUACCAAGGUGAUGAAUCCAAUCUUCCGCUUACAAGGGCUCGACCCUCAUCAAGACACGCCUGUCGAGAUCCUCCACGUAGUAUUGCUGGGGAUUGUCAAGUAUUUUUGGAGGGAUCUCGUCCAUAACCAACUCGAAAAGAAGGACCGUGAAAAGGAAUUAUUGAUACAUCGGCUCUCUAGCCUCGAUGUUUCUGGUCUGGGCAUCUCCCCCAUCCGAGGACGAACCUUGGUCCAAUAUGCGGGCUCCCUCACAGGAGGAGAUUUCAGGACAAUUGCGCAAGUCGCUCCGUUUGUGAUAUACGACCUUGUUGGGAGGGAAUGCUAUGAUACGUGGGUGGCCAUAUCAAAGUUGGUGCCCAGGAUUUGGCAGAAGGAGAUCCACGACAUUGGGCGUUACUUGGAGGAGCUCGAGUAUGAAAUUGAGCAAUUUUUACUGAGAACCGCGCGGUGGACCAGCCAAUGGUUCAACAAACCCAAAUUCCACAUCCUCCGUCACCUUCCAAACCAUAUUCGACGAUUUGGGCCAGCAAUCCUCUUUGCGACUGAAGGCUUCGAGUCAUUCAACGCCGUCAUCCGGGCGAAGAGUGUGCACAGUAAUCGGCAGGCCCCUUCCCGCGACAUUGCUGAUGCAUUCGCUCAAGGCAACCGCGUCCGUCACCUCCUUAGUGGGGGUAGGUUCUUCAAGCCAUUGCUCGUGGAUCCCGAUGUUACUCCUUCCCUUGAAGCGCUUUCGGAUCCCGUCAACUGGGUCACAGCUGGACCAAGUGUUCGUCAAUUAGUCAAUCCACUCUUUGAUACGGGUCGUACAAUCACAUCGUAUCUCGGCCUUCCUCUGAACCCUAGUGGCCCUUCAGGGUGUUGCGUGUGGGACAAAGCCCCUGUGCGUGAAUUUUCGAGGACACUUGCAGGCCAGAUAUUUCCUUCCUUGCAGGAGGACCGUCUUGUCAAAACCUUCCUUAAGGCCACAUCCCUACCAAGCGACGACAUCGUGAAACUGGGGGACCAUGUUCUCUACACGUCAUCAGGAGCAGAGGGGGUUUCGUCGUGGAAUGUCGGUCUUGUCAAGGAGAUGAUUCAGUUCAAAGGUGGUAGCGGUGAGCAACAGAGCAUGCCAGACUAUGUUUUGCUCCAGUUGGUAUCGCCCUCAGCAACUUCCCCGAAAUACCAGAUGCCUUCGCUCACUGUGACGCAGAAAUUCUCGCUGGUGCAAUUUAAUGUAGGUGUCCAGUUGUUCCGGCAUUCGUAUCACUAA